ACCGGAUACUGUGAGUAAUCGAAAUACUUUUUAUUUUGUCAAAAAAUAAAAAAUAAAAAUAAAAUAAAAUACAUAUAAAUAAAAAAAAAAGUCAACAAAAAUUCUUUGUUUGGAAGAUGAAGCUGACGGAAGAUGAAUAGCAAUGUGGGAGACCCGCCAUCCCCCAACACAGGAAUCCUUUGAUCCUUCCAAGAAGACCAUCGUCGUACUUGGUAGUGGUUGGGCCUCGACCUCCUUCCUCAAGGCGGUUAAUACCGAUGACUACAACGUGGUUGUUGUAUCUCCAAGAAACUACUUUUUGUUUACUCCUCUUCUGCCCAGCUGCACGGUUGGUACCAUUGACGUCCGUUCGUUGGUUGAACCCAUUCGUUUCAUUACUCGCCACAAGUCCAGAGAUGUAAAGGUUUAUGAGGCAGAGUGUACCGAUAUUGAUCCCGAGAAGAAGCUCUUGACAAUUGUUGACAGCUCCGAUGUCAAGGGAGAAAGUUCUGUUAGCACAAUUCCUUAUGAUUACUUGGUAAUCGGUGUCGGUGCUCAGAAUCAGACAUUUGGUAUCAAGGGUGUAGAACAGUACGGUUGUUUCUUGAAGGAGGUCUGGGAUGCCCAGAAGAUCCGUACUAAGCUCAUGGAUUGUAUCGAGACUGCCGCCUUCCCUGGACAGAGCCCCGAGGAGAUUGACCGUCUUUUGCACAUGGUGGUUGUAGGAGGUGGCCCUACCGGUAUUGAAUAUGCUGCCGAACUCCACGAUUUCUUGGUCGACGAUCUUACCGUCUGGUAUCCUGAACUUGCCGGAAAGAUCAAGAUUACCUUGGUUGAAGCUCUUCCCAAUGUGUUGCCUGCCUUCUCCAAGCAGUUGAUUGAGUACACCGAAUCUACAUUUAAGGAGCAGAAUAUCACUAUCCACACCAAGACCAUGGUUAAGGAGGUCCGCGAAAAGGAGAUCGUGGUAAAGAAGAGCGAUGGUACCGAUGCUUCUAUUCCCUAUGGUCUUCUGGUUUGGGCUACUGGAAACACUAUGCGCCCCAUGGUCCGCAACUUGAUGAACAAGCUUCCCGAGUCACAGACCGUGCGUCGUGGUCUUUCUGUCGACGAUUGGCUGCGUCUCCAGGGCUCAGAGGAUAUUUUUGCCCUGGGUGAUGCUACUGCUACAAAGUAUGCUCCAACUGCCCAGGUAGCAUCGCAGCAGGGUAAGUACCUUGCUCGUGUCUUUGCACAGCUUGCAACCACAGAAAAGCUCGAAGACGAGCUUGCUUCUGCACCUGCUGAAGAGAAGGCAAAGAAGCUCCGCAAGUAUCAGAAGUCUCAGGAUAUUCAGCCCUUCAAAUACUCCCAUCAAGGAUCAUUGUGUUAUGUUGGCUCUGACAAGGCUAUUGCUGAUGUGCCAUUCGCUCAGGGUAACCUUUCUUCGGGUGGUGUUGCUACCUUUGCAUUCUGGAGAUCUGCAUACGUUUCCAACAUUUUCUCUGGUCGUAACAGAUGGCUCGUCAUUACUGACUGGACCAAAAAGACUCUUUUGGGUCGCGACAUCUCCAGAGAA